CGAGAGAGGGAUCCUCCUGAGUAGAAUUCAGGGAAGAGCGUGGGAAGGCGGGAAAAGAGAAGGAAGCGAAAGAGGCGAAGCGGGCAGAACGGGCUUGGGGCUGGUUUCGGCGCAGAUAAACGGGAAACGUCCUGAAGAAAGAAGGGUCAACUUCCCUCUGGCUGCUUCCGAGGUAGACGAGAAGGAAUCACAUAAGAAAGAGAGCAGGAAAGGAGCGCUCCUUUGACGCCGUGAGGGGGCUUCCGCAAGAGAGGAGCGCUCCAGACCGUGAAGGAAAGGGGAAAGCGUCGCUAUGCACUUCGGGGACAGUCCUGGGGGGUCCGCCUGGGCAGCGCCGUCGUCCGCCUGGAACCGGAGCCGAGGGCGGCCCGGAGAGACGGAGGAAUCCGGCGGGAGCCCAGAGCCGCCCUGGUCCGGCAGCAGCGCCAACGAGAGCAGCAAUCGCUACGGGCGGGACGAGGAGCUGGCUAAGCUGGAGAUCGCGGUGCUGGCCUUGACGUUCGCCUUGGCGGUGCUGGGCAACUCGUUUGUGCUGCUGGCGCUGCACCGGACGCCGCGCAAGAAGGCGUCCCGCAUGCACCUCUUCAUCCGGCACCUGAGCCUGGCGGACCUGGCGGUGGCUUUCUUCCAAAUCCUGCCGCAGCUCUGCUGGGAGGUGACGCACCGCUUCCACGGUCCCGACGGGCUAUGCCGCGUGGUGAAACACCUGCAAGUCUUCGGCAUGUUCGCCUCGGCGUACAUGCUGGUGGUGAUGACGGCCGACCGCUACAUCGCCGUCUGCCACCCGCUCAAGACGCUCCAGCAGCCCACCAAGCGCUCGCGCUGCAUGAUCGUGACCGCCUGGGCGCUCAGCUUCCUGCUCAGCCUGCCGCAGUAUUUCAUCUUCUCGCUGAGCGAAGUGGAGAGCGGCUCGCAGGUCUACGACUGCUGGGCGCACUUCGUCAUGCCCUGGGGGGCCCGCGCCUACAUUACUUGGAUCACCGGCAGCAUCUUCGUGGCCCCAGUCCUCAUUCUGACCAUCUGCUACGGCUUCAUCUGCUACCACAUCUGGAGCAACGUCAGGGACAAGACCCGACGGCGGAAGAGGCGGGAGGGAGUUCCUCCUCGAGGGGGCGCCCUACGCAAGGGGCUGCUCCUCACGCCCUGUGUCAGUAGCAUUAAGAAUGUCUCCCGCGCCAAGAUCCGCACGGUCAAAAUGACCUUCGUAAUCGUCUCGGCUUAUGUCGUUUGCUGGGCGCCUUUCUUUACCGUCCAGAUGCGGUCCGUCUGGGACGACCACUCUUCCUGGUUUGAGUCUGAGGACAUUUCAAUUACAGUCACUGCCCUUUUGGCCUGCUUGAACAGUUGUUGCAAUCCGUGGAUCUACAUGUUCUUUAGUGGGCACCUCCUUCAAGACUUCAUACAGACCUUCCUGUGCUGCCGAAAAAUAGAACAAAAGCUGAAUAAAGAAGAUUCUGAGAGCAUUAGCAGGAGACAGACUUCUUUCACCAAUAACAGGAGUCCAACAAAUAGUCUGGACACAUGGAGAGAAUCUCCAAAUUUAUCACAAUCUAUUAAGUUCAUCCCUAUUUCAUCCUGAACCAUAUAUUUAAAAACUGGUAUGUCCUUGAGUGCCAGAACAGCACUUUAGCACUUUAAC